AUGACGCCUUUGCAAAGAAGUAAGACGAGAGACACUGCAGAGUGGAGCUGGUAUUCAUUGGUGUUGUGUAGCAUCGGUUCCAUUACGGUUGUGUAUUACCUGCUGAGGUGGUCUUGGCAGUGUUGGCAUGGAUUCAAAGUGUACGUGCUCUCUGAGAUCUGGCAAACGGACCUGAGGACAUAUGGCCAAUGGGCUGUUGUAACUGGAGCAACAUCAGGGAUUGGUCAUGCAUAUGCUGAAGAGCUUGCCAAACGAGGAUUAGACAUUGUUCUGAUCAGUCGCUCGGAUGACAAGCUUCGCAGUGUAGCCAAGGAAAUAGAAUCCCGGUACAAGCGCCAGACACAUCUGAUUCAGACAGACUUCACAGAGGGCCAUUCCAUCUACUCUGCUAUCACACAACAGCUAGAGGGCCUAGAGAUCGGAAUUCUGGUGAACAAUGUAGGUAUGAACUAUAUAGGGGUUCUGGCAAAUUUUUGGGAUGUUCCUGAUCCAGACCAGAGAAUCACAGAGGUGAUAAACUGUAACACACUAUCCGUCACUCAGAUGAGCAGACUCAUUUUGCCAGGCAUGCUUGAAAGGGGGAAAGGCCUCAUUAUAAACAUAUCAUCAGAAGCUGCAUCUCAGCCCCAGCCAAUGCUGUCGGUGUAUUCUGCCACUAAAAUAUUUGUAACAUAUUUCGCUCGCUGUCUGCAUGCAGAAUACAGGUCAAAAGGAAUCACGGUUCAAUGUGUGGCCCCGUUUAUGGUCUCCACUAAUAUGACUCAUAAUGUGCCUGUGAAUCCACUGGUGAAAAGUGCUGUUUCAUUUGCUAGAGAUGCUCUGAACACUGUGGGUUACACAACAUACACAAGCGGAUGUUUAACUCAUGCACUGCAGCACUUUGCACUGUCCAUUUUUUUCCCGGGCUGGCUGCGUCUCUCAUCCUUUUGUGUGCAACGCAUGGCAACAUUUGCUCGUAGCAUUGAACCCCAAUUAAGGGAGAGGAUGGCAGAGACAAAAAACAAACAGCACUGACACAAAUCAGUGGACCACAGAGACGAACAUAAAAAUCACACAGAUACACAAACAUGCGUAUAAUGGCAUCAACAGUAAGAACUAAACACAAAAACAGUUUUUACUGCAGUGACAGGAAAACAGAUGCAUAGUGACAUUUACAUUUUUAGGGUAAGUUGGCAGAUCUAUGGUCUAUAUAAAAUUAACAUUUUGUAUUUGCAUCAGAAUCAGGAGUCUGAACCUAUGGACCCUUUUCACGGUUCAGUUCAAUGACAUUUACACUUGCAUUUACAGUAGGGUAAAUUGAGAAAGGGUACAUCUAACUCUCCCUCCCUUAACUGCAUAUUAUUUAAUGUAAUGUAUAUUUACACUGCUGUUCAAAAGUUUAAUAAUUAAUGAUUAAUGCUAACAUUGAAUUUUCAAAAGACAGCAAGAUCUUGAAAGGAGUGCAGAUUCCUUUUAUGAUGGAUAUCUUUUUAGUUACAAGGGCAUCAUUUUUCCCUUUGUUUUAUGUGUUGAAUGAAUCAGCAUUUGUUUAGAAAUGCGAUAUGCCAAUUAUGAUGCUUAAAGGUCUAGUUGUGUUGGCAAUAAUUAACCACAUCAUAUGAAUGAUUCAAUUAAUGAUUAUAUGAUGAGCCUUUCAUGCAGUUUCAAAUACGGAGUGACAGUAGAUUUUACCUCCCUACGCCAAGCUGUUCUAUUUAUCCUGCUGUUGUUGUUUUUUUUAUGCAUUCCAAGUCCAAGUAAGAAAUGUGAAAAAUAUCCAUAGGAUAGCACUGAAGAACAUUAACUACUUUAUAAUCACUAGUUUAUACUAUUGGCUAUGACUUUUACAUACAUCAUGUAUUUAUUGCUUUUCAAUAAUGUGACAUGAAAACUCAGUCUAGACUGAAGGAACAGCAUUAUAAUUAGCAUAAAGAAAGAGGCAAUGAAGAAAAAAGAAGACGGAAAUAUAAUGACAGUCUUCUGUUUACAGACUCUACAUUCAGCUAUUGUAUAUAGUGCUGGGGAACCGCAGUACAUCCUAACUGAACUUCCUGUUGAGCUAAAUUGCUAAUAAUGCACCUUAAUGUUUUCUGAUCUCAGAUUUCUAAAUACUUCAGAUUAUAUGGAAACUGGAUUGUGUAAAGUGAUUUUUGCAUACUGAAAGCACUGUUAAAAACUUUUUUAUAUAUAUAAUAAAUGUACAGAAUGGAAUUACUUGUACACAUCUAUUAUUUAGUAGAAGUCUCUUAUUAUUACAGAUAUGAUAAAGGCCUGACAUUCUUGGACUUUGGCAUUGUGUUUUUGUUAAUGCUUAAGUUAACACACACGCAAAUGUGCAAAAUAUUCAAGUAUUAUUUUAGCCAGUGUCCCUUUUCAGUUGACAAAGACCAGCAGUCUCAACACAAACAUCAUCUGUUCAUGAGCUCCCUGCUCCGCUUCAACCCAGACAGCAUGAUCAUAAGCACAAAGAGCCUUUGAACUGUAAAAACGGCAAGAAACACACAAAAUCAACAGGAUGUAAAAAGGCAAUGCAAAUGGUCAGGGGAAUUUCUUGAGGCCCACAAUAUGAAAUCCAGAAUUACUAAUGAACACAGGUGCACAAGAAGACUUUGUCAUACGCACACACACACAAAAAUGUAAUAAUAAUAAAUAACAUGUCUAUAUAAAUGCCCAGUAAUUGACAGUAAAUAAACUAUGAAUGCACAAAUUCAAUUCAAGUGCUCUAAUUGGAAAGCUGAGAGCAGCAGUUCUGCCAUGACACCAACAAGGACCCAAACCCACAAGGGCUCCUCAAUGGCUCACAAGCUGUAACUGGGUCACAAGGGGACCAAAGGGUCUGUUUUAGAUCAAGAAAAAGCAGAAAUGAUUAAAAAAAAUUCUCCAACAGUGCAUUACAAUAACAAAAAGCAAACAAAAAGAGAGUAAACAGAUUCACUUUUCCCUAUUACAGUGCAACUGUAACCACAUCUCAUUUAAGACAAACUCUUUCCAUCCUAACUAGUCAAACAUUAUUUUUUCCAUAUUGCAUC